AUGGGGAGUAUAACAAAUCAGGGAGACGCGCCUGCGACGCGACUCUUGAGAAGCAACGCACCGCAGUUACCACAAGUCCUCACACCGCAGAAGCUCUUCAGUACUAUCCGCAAAGAAAUCUUAGAGGCGACUGAGCAUAAGGAGCUAGUCUACGAAGACAUUCCUGAAGAGACUGGGACUCUUGUCGUCGACUCCUUGGACCAGGAUCCUGACAUUGAAAACUCCUGUCCUCGUGUUGGAUAUAAUUCUCUUACUAGAACCAUCGAUAUCACCAUUAUGCCCACGUUUGUGCAUGAUGCAUCUCACUCGUGGUUCACCCGGGAGCUGUUCUCGAUGUAUCGUUCUGGGUUCUUAACGGAAACUGAACAGGAUUCUAUUUCGUUUUUCAGUAACCCUACGUUCAAGGGGUUUCAGCCUCCUUAUGCUGCAUCCCGAAAAGAACCAGAUCAUGCACUCCUGCCAGAUGACCAAGAGUUCCCAAGCCUCGUGUUCGAGUCAGCGUGGUCAGAGUCUAUGCCGAGACUUCACCGCGACAAGGACCUAUGGUUGCAGGGCGGGCGGCCAGAUACACAGCUUGUCUUUCUCGUCAAAUGGUCAAAAUCCGUUCACGGCGUAGUAAGAGGGAUUGUUGAGGUUCAUGGGAGAAAUUCAGCUGGUGCGCCACAGCUCUUGCAGGUUGAGUCAAUUUUUCCUGCUCCUGCAAACCCAGCCAGCCAAACCAUCCCCAUUACUCUUGGCCAAGUCAUGGGCCGAAACCUUCCCGGCGGACGGAACUCAACAGAUGUCCACCACUUAUCUCUAGACACAUUCCGCAGCGCCGCUGGGAAAUUAGUGGAAAGAGAAGGAUUUACUCAUGCUUGA